AUGUCAUAUCAAGCUGAUCAAAAAGGCGUUUAUCAUUCUUUGGGAAAAGGAGUAGAAGAAUUACCGGAUAACUUGGACGUUUAUUCGUUCAUGUUUGAUUAUUUUCCAACAUCAAGACCUGAUGUACGCAAGACAGGAUUACCUUUGAUGGUUGAUGAAGAAACGGGAAAUUCAUUGAAUUUUGAAACUUUACGUGAACGUGUUGAUUUACUCUCUUUAGGAUUGUACGAACGUAUUGGAGUUCGAACGGAUACAAGGAUUGGUUUAUUUUCUCCCAAUACGUUUGAUUAUCCAACCGCUCUUUGGGCAACACAUAGAAUCGGAGGUAUCGUCUCACCUGCAAAUCCAUCUUUUGGUCCUUCAGAAUUAUCAUAUCAACUUGAUUCAAGUAAAGCAACAGUUUUGUUCUUACACGAAGUAUCAAAGAAAGCAGGUUUCGAAUCAGCCGAAAAGGCAAAGAUCAAAAGAGAGAAUAUAGUCUUAUUACAAGACCCUGCACACGUUGAACAGUUAAAACAAAGCAAUGGCGGUAAAGUUGUUAGACAAGUCGAAGGAUCUUGGACUUUAGUAGGCUUAUUGGAAGAAGCAAAAGAGAUCAUUCAACAAGAAUCACAAAAGGCUUUGGAUUCAUGUCGGUAUACGUUGAAACCGGGCGAAGCACACAAGAAAUUGGCUUUCUUGAGCUUUAGCAGUGGUACGACAGGUUUACCAAAAGGUGUUGCAAUUCAACAUUAUGCACCCGUGAGCAAUGUUCUGCAAUUCUUCCAUUUCAAUCAAUGUAGCAACAAGAUCGGAGAGCAAAAAGGAAGAUUCCGUGCUGGUGUGGAUGCUGCUUUGGGUAUUUUGCCCAUGUUUCACAUUUAUGGUUUGGUGCUAGGAUUACAUGGGAUGAUGUAUAUGGGCGUCAAGAAUAUCAUCAUGCCUCGAUUCAAGGGUAUCGUUCCAAUGAUUGAGACUGCACUAAAAUAUCGUGCUUCAAUUUGGUUCUUGGUACCACCGCAAUGCGUUUUAUUCUGCAAAGAUCCAGGAGCUAAAAAGUUACAUGGAGAAUGCAGAAAUCUGGUCAAUUCUGUCAUGAUUGGUGCUGCACCUCUUUCGGAUGAUUUAAGUAAACAAUUCGAACAAGCUUUACCUGGCGUUGAUUGGGGACAAGGAUAUGGAAUGACGGAAACAUGCACGCUUACCUUGCAACAUCCUGUCGGUAUGGCUUGUGUUUCCGGAUCAGCAGGAAGAUUGGUUUCCAAUGUAGAAGCAAGAAUUGUUACACCAGAAGGCAAAGAUUGUGGAUUGGAUGAACCGGGAGAGCUAUGGAUUCGAAGUCCAUCAAACACAUUAGGAUACAGUAACAAUGCAGAAGCCACUAAAGAGAUGUGGAUUGAAGGAGGAUGGGUGCGAACGGGAGACGAAGCAAAGGUGAAUAAAGAUGGUGACUUUUUCAUCGUUGAUCGAUUGAAAGAAUUAAUCAAAGUGAAAGGAUUCCAAGUUCCGCCUGCUGAAUUAGAAGGUUGGCUAUUGAAUCAUAAUGACGUUUCCGAUGCAAUGGUAGUCGGUAUUCCUGAUGAAGCAGCAGGUGAAAGACCGUUGGCAUUUGUUACUCUAACAGCAGAUGCAAACAAAAAGGUUAACAAUGAUGCCGAACAAAUCAAAAAGAUGAAAAAAAGUAUAAUGAAACACGUUAGCGACAACAAGAUUCGAUACAAGCAUCUCAAACACGUUGAAAUUAUUGAUGUUAUUCCCAAAACAGCAAGUGGAAAGAUAUUGAGAAGGACAGGAAGAGAGAUGGCUAAAAAAUUGAUGAUUGGAGAAGAAGAAGGUAACAAGAGUAGACUCUGA